AUGGUUCCAGAGAUAUUUUCUGAAUUCUUAAGAGCACUAGAAAAAGUGUCAUCUGAUGAAUACAGGGAAGUGGUGAACGUUUAUAGUCCCACAGCCUCACCAUUACUCCACAGCCUCACCAUUACUCCACAGCCUCACCAUUACUCCACAGCCUCACCAUUACUCCACAGCCUCACCAUUACUCCACAGCCUCACCAUUACUCCACAGCCUCACCAUUACUCGACAGCCUCACCAUUACUCCACAGCCUCACCAUUACUCCACAGCCUCACCAUUACUUCACAGCCUCACCAUUACUUCACAGCCUCACCAUUACUUCACAGCCUCACCAUUACUCCACAGCCUCACCAUUACUCCACAGCCUCACCAUUACUCCACAGCCUCACCAUUAAUCCACAGCCUCACCAUUACUCCACAGCCUCACCAUUACUCCACAGCCUCACCAUUACUUCACAGCCUCACCAUUACUCCACAGCCUCACCAUUACUCCACAGCCUCACCAUUACUCCACAGCCUCACCAUUACUCCACAGCCUCACCAUUACUUCACAGCCUCACCAUUACUCCACAGCCUCACCAUUACUCCACACCAUCCAGACAGAGCUUUUUUUUUUAUCUUUAUUCUCUUCAGUUGGGUCAUUCUAAAGUACAACUAUGUUUACAGGUCAUUCUAA